UUUCACAUGUAGCCGAAACAGCGAGACUUCAAUUGAACCUAACCUAUCAAAAUGUGUAAUUUUAAUUGUUGUCACCUAUAUACACGUUGUUAGUUUUUAUUGCAGUUUAUUUAUUGUUUGUAUUAAUAAUAAUUAGUGCAAUAUUUUAUUUAAAUGAUAAAUGAAAAAAAUAAAUCAUAAAUUGACAUUAAUCAUUUAACAUAGUAAUAAUUUCUUGAAAAAUAUAAGGUUUCGAACGUUUAAAAAAAUUUUAUAGUACAUAACUCUGUAUAUACUAUAAAAAAAUUUUAAUGGAACAAUUUUCACGAGUUAUCACUUCACCAAAAGCAACGCAGAAAAAUUUAACUGGAAAUUCGAGGAUUGUCAAGGACUUGGCCGCUGAUAUCCAUGGAGAUAUCCAAAAAUGGAACGGCAUUCAUUUGCAUGGAUUGUCAAUAAUAAAGUCAAUAACAGCAAUGAAAACUGAUGAUUCAUUUUCAGAAGGUCUUCAGGAUCUUUGUGACCAGUUGGAAGAGGACGUUGAUCAAUUGGAUUCAAUAGUCGAAAGAUUGAAUCGCGCGGUUAGCCAAAUAAAAACAGUAGCUCUAUUACAAACAAUCCAGGAUAAAUUGUUUGUAACUUGGAGAGUUGAAAAUUUUGUGAAAGCGGUAGAGCAGAUUCAUGAAGCUUACAGAGAGGAAGCAGAAUUGAAGAGGAAAAUUCUGGAAAACGUUGCGCAUGGUUCCAGUGAUUCCUGGAAGAUGCUUCACCUGGCAGCCUGGGUACAUCAACCAAUGAUUCCUCAUAAUUUACAUGUAACUUUGGAGUCUUUGCUCGUUGAAACGGGCCAUAGGUAACAAUAAGAGUAACCAUCAAACGGUUAUAAUUAAAUAAAAAUAUUAAUAAAAUUAAAA